AUGGAUAUUUCAAAUGUACUCCAAAAUUAUAGAGUACAACUUUUCGACGAAUUCGAAGAGAAAGAUAUUGAAACAAAUUUAAAUAUAAUUAAACAAAAAUAUGAAAACAAAUUAAUAUUUAUUUUAAAACAAAUAAAGGAAAAAAUAUCUUUACAUAAAAGUUGUGAACAAUCUUGUUUUUGCUCAAAAUAUAAGGAUGGCAACUUUUGCCCAUGUAGUCAAAUAAAUUCCAAAUAUCAACAAAAUGAAAUAAAUGAGGAAAAUCAAAAUCAAGAAAAUCAAGACAAUUUAAAUUGUGAAAAACAAUCACAGCUUCCUACUAUAAAUGGAAAUUCGGAUAAAAAAAGGAAACGAAAUGGCAACCACAAAGAAAGUUGUGAAAAGCGAAAUGAGAGAAGCAAUAUAGAAGAAGACCAAAUUCAAAACCCGUUAAAAAGGCAAAAUGUAAAUUUAGAUAAAAUAAAAGAUAUGGAUAUAUAUGAUACAAUAAAUGAAUUAAACACAUUUAUAAAAGUCAAUGAGGAUAUACAAUUUUUAGAUUCAACAGAUUUAUUUUUCAAUAUUCCUAUUAAAAAAGAUUGUAUCUUAAAAGAUAUAUUUAAAAAAUUCAUACACGAAAUAAAAAAUAAAAAUUAUAAAAACAUUUAUAAACAUACAUAUUUAGAGUGUUAUAAACGAAAUCAAAAUAAAAUUCAAGAACAAGGUUUUUGUUGUAACUUACAAAAAAAUUUCAAAAAUAUUAUUAAUUUUUAUUUUACUACUUUUGUAGAACAAUUUUCAUUAUUUUAUUUUGAUUUUUUAUUAUGCAUAGUAAAAGGAAUAAUAACAAUCGAAUCAGGAAUUAAUUAUAUUUCCAAUGAUUUAGCAAAUUUACAUCGUGAAUAUUCUAUGAAAUUUAAUUUUCCAUUUUUUAAUAUUAACACAGAUUCUGACAAAACGAAUGAUGAGAAAUAUAACAAUAAAUUAGACAACACCGAAUCAAAUAACACAUAUUUAGAUAACACUUAUUUAAUUUUGCCAUUUAAAAUAGUCAUAUUAAAUAGUUUGCAAUGCAUAUUCGAAAUUGUACAGUAUUUAAAAGAAAAAAAAAAUAAUCUUUACACAGAUUACAAAAAUAUUAUUUUUCAAUGUAUUAUAAUGUUAGAAAAAAAAAAAAUAAUAUCUUUUAAAGAUACAACUACAUAUAUAGAAUGUAAAAAUUUUGAUAAAAUAAAUAUAUUUCCAAAAGAACUAAAUAAGCUUAUUACAAAAUUAAAAACAAAAAAUAUGUAUAGUAUAUCUAUUUAUAAUUUAAUCAGAGAAAAUAUCAAUGGUUAUUCUAAAAUCAUCUUUUUAUUAGAUCAAUUUUUUGCAAACAAUUCAAAUUCCCCUAUUGACAGGUCAAAUCAAAAUAGUAAACUCUCUUCAAAAUUUUACUCAAAAUAUGUUCUUAAAAGAAAAAAAAAUCAAAAAAAUCAAAAAAAUGGACCAAAUGAACCAAAUGAACCAAAUGAACCAAAUGAACCAAAUGGGCAAGCCAACAUUUCUGAUGCAUUUUUUAUUUCUUCAGAUUUUGAAAACAUUUCAGAUUCGUCGUUAUCAUUAAUGUCAUACAAUAAUGAUGAUAAAUUUAAAAAAAAUCAAAAAAAAAAUAAUUCUUCAUCAUUGAAAAGAAAAUGGAAAAAACAUCUAAAUUGUUAUUAUUGUAAUGAUAUCAUAAAUUUGAAAAAUAAUAUUUUUAAAAUUGCAGGGUUACAUAAUUUAUGUCCUCGUAGAAUCAUAUCAAUAUUAUUAUUUUAUUAUGAACAAAAUAUAAAUAGCGAAAAACAACUUCUUCCAUUAUUUUAUUUAUAUUCAAAAGAAAGUAUAACCGAUGUAAUCAUACUUGAAUUAAAAAUAAAAAAUAAUUAUAUUCAAGAAAAUAACUUAGAAAAAUUAGACAAAUUAAAAAAUAUAUAUAAUAAAAAUGAAAUUAGUGAAAAUGAAAAUAAAUAUUAUAUUCCUGAAUUUUUAUUAAAUACUAAUAAUUUUUUUAGUUAUAAUUAUUUUAAAAUGUGUUCUAUUUUAAUUUUAAAUGAUCUUUUAAAUAUAAAUAUAUUUUAUAAUAAUUUAUUACCUAAUGACAUUUUAUUAAAACAUAUUUUUUCUGAACUGUACAGAAAAUUUUAUGAGGAUUAUGAUAAUACAUUUUCAGAUAAAACUAUUUCACUUUUCCAUUAUUAUAUUCCAUAUGAUAUUAAUAAAAUGUAUGAUACUUUUGAAAUUCUUAAAUCUGCUUAUUUUGAAAAAAAAAAUCAAAAUUUAGAAAAAUUAAAAUUAGCUAAUUUGGAAAAUAAAACAUCAAAUACAUUACAAACAAAUAAUGAACACUCAGAAAAUGAUAUAAAAAAUAGUUCAUCUGAAUUGCCUAAAACUGAUAAUCACAAUAAUCACAAUAUUGGCGAUGUUGGCGAUGUUGGCGAUAACAAUUUAAAAAGUUUGAAUAAAUUAUUAGAAAACACAGAUGAGCCUCUUUCUAUACAUGAUAUAGUAGUUAACUACAGCUUGAACAAUAAUAAUCCAGAUUUAAAAAAAAAAUGCCAAAACAUUUUAGAAUCAAAAAAAACAGAUGCAAUCAAAUAUUACCUAUAUGAUUCCCUAACUAAUAAUACACAAAAUAAUGGAGAAAAUUUUAUAAAAAUGUAUAUAGAAAGAGAAAUAAAAAUACGAAAUGAAUCUAAAAAUUCAAAAUAUUUAUCUUAUAAUGAUGCACACAAUUAUUUAUUCCUAGAAGAAGAUCAUUAUUUUCUUAUUUUGAGUCGUUUAUUUUUUAUGAUAAAUCAAAAAUUUAUAUUUUUAUCAACAUUAAUAGAUUUGAAUGCUUGGAAUUAUGUUACAAUUCUAAUUAAUCAUUUAACUAGUUUUAAUUCAAACCCAUUUUUGAAUUAUUUUGUUUCUCUAUCUUUGUCUAAACUUCUUAAUUAUCUUAUAACCCCUUUAAUAAAUAAUAUUCAUGAAAUUAAAACAAAAAAAACAAAAAAAACAAAACAAAAUGAGUCAUGUUUCUUUUGCAAACUAAAUUUAAAUUCAUCUGAUCUUGUUGGAUACAAUUCUAUUAAAACGAUCAAGAAAAAUAAAAAGCAUCUUAAAAAUUUAUUUAAAAAUGAAAAAAAUAUCAAAAUGAAUAAAAAAAAAGUAAAACAGUUAAUCAAAUUGUAUAAAUGUAAUUAUAAAUUGUUCGCGUUAGAAAGCCAGGAAAAAGGCAAAACCAAAAGUAACAAAACCAAAAGCAGCACAAGAAACAGCACAAGAAACAACCACAUAUUUGCAGACAAUAAUCAUGUAUCCAUUUCGACCGAAAAUGAAAAAAUAAUUAACUUAAAGAAUAAGCAUUUUCCAUUACAAAAGUUUUUCUUUUUAUCAAAAGUAACAUCAAAUAUUUCUGAAAAAAAAAAAAACACACUCCAUACAUCUUCCAACUCCAAUUUAAAACCAAAAGAGGUCACACACAAUAAUAAUGAACAAACAUAUUUAAAAGAAAUCGAAACUAUAGAUGAUUUUUUUGAUAAAUUUUUACCUUUUUUAAAGUACUUAGGAUAUUUUACAUAUAUAUAUAAUAAACUUGAACAAAAUGUGUUAAAAAUUAUAUUAAAUUAUGUCCAAAUUAUGACAAAAAAAAAUAGUAAUUUUGAAACACAAGCUGAACAAAUAAAUAAAUUCCAUCCAAAUUUUUAUUCAUUUUUAAAUUUCUUUUUUUUAUCAUUAAAUAAUAAUUGUGAAGAAAUAAAUGAAAAUCUAAUAAACAUCCAAUUAUGGGAUAUACUAAAAUUAAUACCAGUUUCUACAAGAUAUAAAAUUUAUUUCAACUUUUAUAACUUAAUAGAAAACCAAAAAAAAAAUAUUAUUAAAUAUAAAAAUCAAAUUCUUAUACCCAACGAAUCUUCUAAUAAAACCGUGCCAGAAAAACAAGAUGGUAAAACCGUGCCAGAAAAACAAGAUGGUAAAACUGUGCCAGAAAAACAAGAUGGUAAUGUAAAUCCCCAUUUUGCAACUAUCCCAAUUAACUCAAUAUAUUUUUUCUCCUUAUUUAAUUUCGAAUUAAUUAAAACAAAAAUUAGAAAAAUUAUCAAAAGAGCAACAUCAGAUAUAUUAAAAGAUAGACAAAAUGUAAAAGUCAAAGAAAUGUUAUCUGAAUUUAAUUUUAUAAUAAAUAGGAAUCCAUUUAUUGGUGCUGAAGUAGUUAUACAACAAUGUGAAUUAUUUGAUAAUAAUAUGAUUAUUACUUUAACUGAAUCUAUUAAACAUAUUAAUAUAUUUUCAAGUGAUAUUUUUUUAUAUAAAAUUAUAGAAAAACAACAAUUAUUAAAUGUUAAUACUUUUAAUUUAAAUAAACAAAAUAAUAUGAACAGUUCAGAAUUUUGUGCUGAUAAUGUUUUUAGACCAAAAAAAUUAAUAAAUCUUUCAUUAUUUAGUGCAAUAUUUAUGUCAAAACAUCCACCUGUCGAAUUUUAUCCAAUACUUAUUUCAACAUUAAAAAGAAUCUUUUCAGAAAUGCAUAUAUCAGAUAAAUUAUUUUUGAGACAAAUUCCAUCAAAUAUUCAAAAAAAUGAUCAAAAUAUUCAAAAAAAUGAUCAAAAUAUCCAAAUAAAUGAUCAAAAUACCCAAAUAAAUGAUCAAAAUACCCAAAUAAAUGAUGAUACAAAUAAAAUGAUCAUAUUAAAAGCUGAUAAUAAAAAAUAUCCUGAUUUAAUGAGUGGGUAUAUAUUCGAUUUAGAAUACAUUCAAAAACUUAUCGAAAUAUAUGGUGGAACUAGUACAUAUGUAGAAGUGCAAGCAUUAAAUGAUGAUCAAUUAGAUGCACAAGGUGGAUUUAAAAAUCUAAAAAAAGAAGUAAUGCUAAUUGAAAAUGAUAUAGAUAUGAAUAUUAAUAAUACAGAAUAUGAUUAUAUAGAAAAAAAUGAAAUGGAAAAUGAAAAGUUAAAAUCAGAAUGUAUUUCUUAUGCAACUAAAGUGUUGCUUAACCCUAAUAUUAUCUAUUUAAUGUUUUGUAUCUUAUCAAAAUUAAAACAUGAAUAUUUAUAUGAUAGUAAUACAUUUAAUCUCAAAAAUGUAUCAUUUAUAGUUGAUCAAAUUAAUUCUAUUCUUUUACAAUAUAUUGAUUUUUUACAAACAAAUUCAAAUCCUAAACUCUAUAUAUCUAUUAUACCAAAUAUUAUUACUAUAUUCCAUUUUUUUGAUAUUUCGCAAGCUUUUCAAAUUAUUAGAUUUUCCUUUCCAUUUUUCGAUCAAAAUGAUAUCCAAAACGAGUUAGAUGCAGAAAAGGAAAGAGAAAAAGAGAACGAAAAGGAGAACGAAAAUGAGAACGAAAAGGAGAACGAAAAUGAGAACGAAAAUGAGAACGAAAAUGAGAACGAAAAGGAGAACGAAAAGGAGAACGAAAAUGAGAACGAAAAAGAGAACGAAAAUGAGAACGAAAACGAAAAUGAAAAUGAUUCCGAAACAGACCCAUGGAUAGAUGUUAUGAUGCCAAUUGUUCAGAAAUAUAUUAACAUUGAAAACUUAAACGGAAUAAAUAUCAAAUUUUAUUUAUUCUAUUGGAGAUUACAUAUAUCAGAUAUUUAUGUUCCACAUAAACAGUAUCAAAAAAUAAUAGACAAUUUUGAUAUGCUUAUAAAUAAAUUAGAAAAAUAUUUCAUUGAUAAUAAAAAAGAUGAAAAUCUUAAUUGGAUACAUAAAAAAAUAGAAAAAUUAAAUUUUAGAAAAUCUCAAAUAAAAAAUGAAUAUGAAUAUCAUAUACAUCAUACAAAUAAAAUAAAAAAAAAAUUAUCACAUAUAAUAGAACAUUGGGUUGAUCCUGAAGAAAUCGAUUUUAGUACAUUUCCUUCUUUUGUUAAGUGUUUAAUUGCUCCUAGAAUAUUAAAUAGUGAAAAAGAUUCUUUAUUUUGUUCUAAAUUUAUACAACUAUUAAUAGAAUUUUAUACCCCUCUUUUUAAUUUAUGUACAUUAGUUCAUGUUUUAACAAAAAUGUUAAUUCCUCUUAUAAAUUCAUGUACAGAAAAAGAAUCACUAAAUGUCGGAAUAUUUUUUAAUGACCUUUUCUCAUAUUUAUAUUUAUUAUGUGAUGAUGUCAAAUAUUUUCAAAAUAUAUCAAAUAAUAAUCCAUGUUUUAGUAACACUUUAAAUUUCGAAUCAAAGACUACAAUUAGUCAUCCUGAUAUUGUUCAGAAAAUUUGUAAAUGGGAAAAUUAUAUUAUUGCUUUGCUUUUUGAAAAUAAUAAUAAUGAUGAAAAAACUUGGAUCAAUUAUAAAUCAAUAGUUGUAUUUUUAUUUAGAUUAGUUAAUUCAUUUCCAUAUUCUCCAAAAAUUAAAGAUUCUAUAAUAACACAUUUACAAAAUUUACAAGAUAUUUCAAAAACACAUGGUUGGAAAGAUAUAUUAAUAUCAAUUAAUAGUCUAAAACAAAUAAUGGAAAAAAACAAAAAACUUCCUGGUGCAGAAAAAAAAGACGAACAAGAAUCCAAGGGGAAAACACCAAAGAUAAAUGAAACACCACAAAAAUCUGAUUCAAACGUAACCAUGACCCCAUUUAAUACAUCUCGUCAUUUUCAUACAAAUUCAAACUCACAUUUUAUGCCAGUGGCAAAGAAUAUUUACAAUCAAAAUAUACAUCAUGUAAUGCCAAAUGCUCAUAAUUUACCUCCAAAGCCAUUUAUGAAAGAACAUUUUAAUAAGAUUCCGCCACCCCAAGAGCCAAAUAAAUACAUGUUAAAAAGAAGAUAUCGCUAUUUUUAA